AUGAGUUGCAUAUUCUGCGACGCCAUUAUAGAAGAUGGACAGCCCACAGUUGUUCUACGCCAGAAAGGAUGUGAUGCUAUCAACGCUUUAGCACAUACACUAGAUCUCACCUUCACUGUUAUACCUGGACAAACCGUACAUACAGUGUGUCGGCGAGACUUUUGCAGACAAAAAGAACUAAGGCGUUCCAAAAACCAUGAUCAGAAUUUGUCAGAAGAGUAUAGACGUUUGCGAUCGGGCGGUGGAUUUGACUUUGAAAAACAUUGUUUAUUUUGCGGACAAGUCGGGAAAACUAGUGGAAACAAACGGGGAUUUGAUGUAUUUCCAGUUCGAACGUUUGAUUUCCAAAAUAAAAUACGACAACAGUCAUUAAACAGAGAUGAUGAAUGGGGAAAUCAGGUGCUGGCACGAUUGGGGUAUGCACACGAUUUACCAGCUGCAGAUGCACUAUAUCAUCAAACGUGCAGUGUUAACUUUCGAACUGGACGACAGAAACCCAUCAGCAAACAAACUGAAUCUGAAAUUCCCAUUAAGUCUCCAAAAGGGCGUCCAGAGAAUCAAAGACAGAGUGAAGCAUUUCUGACUGUAACACAAAGAUUAGAAGAAAACGACGAUGAGCAAACAAGUAUUAAUGACCUUGUGAAACAGAUGGACGAUUUAUAUCCAGACCAUGCAUACAGUGCGGUGUAUAUGAAAAAGAAAUUAAUGGAACAAUUUAAUGAUCAGAUAGUUAUCACAGAGAUAAAUGGAAUUCCUAAUAUUGUUACUUUUAAAAAAACAGUCUCCACUAUAUUAAAUGAAUUUUACAAGCAAGACAAAGACUUGGAUCCAUCGCAAAAGAAAAUAUCAAUUAUUCAAACAGCGGCGAAACUAAUCCAAAGUGAUAUUAAAGAUAUACGCGUGUCGAAGGCAUUUUACCCUCCACCACAAGACAUUUCUGAUCUUGAAAAAAACCUUGAGUACUUACCAGACUCACUAAGGACAUUUCUGCAGACCCUCUUACCAAAGAAGACAAACCCCGUCAAGGUUGCUUCUAUAGGACAAGCUAUUGUGCAAUCUGUCAGACCGCGAAUGACACUUCCUCCAUUGCAACUUGGUCUUGCCGUGCAAUUGCACAAUCAGUAUUCGUCGCGUUUUUUAAUUGAUGUUUUGAACAAAUUGGGUUUCUGUACCUCGUAUAAAGAAGUCAUGAAAUUUGAGUCAAGUGCCGCUGUUCAAAAUGGAACUCAGAUUUCAGGAGUGAUGCCAUCAAAUUUCAUUCAGUUUGCUGCCGACAACGUUGAUCACAAUGUUAGAACGUUGGAUGGACAUGACACAUUUCAUGGUAUGGGGAUCAUUGCCGCCGUUACCCCUGGUGUCAAAGAAGAAAUGCCUAUACCACGCAUUCAUGUUUCUAAUGAAGACCUUGUUUCUUCGGGCGCGAUCAAUAUAAAGAUUUACAAGGCUCCAUUAGAACUCCCAAGUUUACUUCUGAAAAGUUUAAAAGUCAGAAAUGUAGAGGACCCAACAGACUGCCAGGAUAUCUUGUUAGAAGUUGUCCGGCCACUCAAGUCCAUAACCCCUGGAUGGUCAGGAUUUAUGCAAGCCGUAGAAGAAGGGUAUUUCCCCGGCAGAUCUUCUAUCAAGUUCCUACCUAUGAUCGACCUAAACCCAAGUGAUUUGUCCUGUAUUUACUCAACAUUAUAUUUCGUGUCUGCAGAGGCUAAAAAAUACCGAACUACGCCGGUUGUCACAUUCGAUCAACCUCUUUAUUGGAAAGCAACAUCCAUUUUACAAAGCGAGAAUAAGGACAGUCCAUUAAAAGAUGUUGUGCUCAUACUAGGAGGGUUUCACCUUCAAAUGAGUUUUCUCGGAAGUGUAGGCCAUCUUAUGCAAGCAACCGGAUUACAAGAUGCAUUAGAAACUGUUUACGCAUCAAACGCGGUAGAACAUAUGAUGAGCGGAAAGGCGGUUUCGAGGGCUGUGCGUGGGCAUCUGUUGGUUUAUUCGGCGCUCGUUAUGAUGCUUACCUCGGACAUAUAUGGGAUACCAUUACCGAUAGAGAACAAUCAGACAUCUGUAGAAAAAGUUUCCGAGUCAGUUGAUGUAGCACAAGAAGACCUACCUGGAUAUCGCUCAGAGGCCAUAGACACUCAAAGUGACCUCAAGGAACUCGAGACAAUAUCAGUUCUGUACGACAAGUCAAUCAACAAAGAAAUAGCACCUGCUAGUCUGAAAGAAAACGAAGUUUUUCAAAAUGUCAAAAUGAAGCUAGACUCGAAAAUACUGGAACUAAAAUCAUACCCGACAUCAGCUUUGUGGAUCCAAUACAUUAAGAUGAUUGAAAUACUCAGGCAAUUCAUUAAAGCAGAGAGAACGGGUAAUUGGGACUUGCACCUUCAGUCAGUUGAACGUAUGCUUCCUUAUCUGGCCGCAUCAGGGCAUAAUUUGUAUGUUAAGUCAGCAUACCUCUACCUUCAACAAAUGAAUGAGCUACAGGAAACGCACCCAGUAAUUUAUGAAAAGUUCAUGAAUGGUUUCCAUGUGAUACGACGGAGUGAUCGCUACUGGGCUGGGUUGGCUACUGAUUUGACAAUCGAGCAGACUCUGAUGAGGACUCUAAAAUCUACUGGUGGUAUGACAAGAGGAAAGGGAAUGACGGAAAUUCAAAGAGCUCAGUGGUUACUUUCAAUGCCCGUAUGUGCAGCAGUAAACUCGUCGAUGCAAGCGUUAACUGAUACGGAAUAUAUAACAAGUGAGCAACAUAAAGAGUGUUCCAAAACUAGACAAGAACGCGACACGAAAGAUCGGAAUACAAUUUUGACAUUCUUGGAUGAACGAAAGCCAUUUGCAGCAGUGAAUUCCUUAAGAAACAUUGAAACUGGGGUUACGUCAACAGAUGAUGUGAAUGCCCAUCAAGCGCAUGAAAUUGGUAGCGCCAUAAUUAAUGAACUCAGAGGUCAGAAUGUGAUGGAUGUUUCGUUUAAGAAAGGUCGACAAGUGGUGACAUUAAAAACGCAUUCUGUGUUGCAAGCUGGAAACCAAAUUGUACAUGUAAGCCCACAACUUCUAUUCCAACGUCUGUAAGUAGCGGCA